UGAAGUGAAGUGUGAAGUAAAUAAUUAACAGCCUAUUAAACUCGAAGUGUGAGAUAUUACGUUUUCUAAUCAUAUUUAACAAAAUAAAUUUAAAAUAAAAUGUCUGAAGGUUCUAAUAAAGAUUCAAGUAAUUUAAAAACUCCAAUGGUAUACAUUUGUGGGGAAUGUCACAAUGAGAAUGAAAUUCGACCCAGAGAUCCUAUACGUUGCAGAGAAUGUGGAUAUCGUAUCAUGUACAAGAAACGAACAAAGAGAUUGGUAGUAUUUGAUGCCAGAUGAAUAUUUUUAUGAAGAAAUGGUGUCAAAAGUGUGAUGUAAAAUGUUAACUAUAAUGAAAUACUUAUGUUAAGUAAAACAAAGCUAUAAAUAAAUUUGACUCGAACUACA